AUGGCCGGGAAUGGGCUCAGGCCGCCGCGCACGCAGGCCGGCGCCUCACAGAGCGCGCGGCCCCCGCCGCCCGCCCGCGCCGCCGCCGCCGCCGCCCGCCGGUCCCGGGCCCAUGGACGCGGCCUCGCGCGCCCACUCCCGCUCUCGCCGCCGCCCUGCCGAUCCCCGCGCUCGGUGCCCGCGCCGCCCUCGGCCACAGCGAAGGGGAGCGGAACGCCGGGCGCACUCCACGGCGGCAGGCGCGCUCGAGGGAGCGACAGGCCAGCGCGCGGGGCGUGGCGGUGCGCGGGGCGGGGCCGCUUCCCGGCGCAAUCGGCGGCCCGGCGGGCCAAUGGCAGUGACGCGUCCCGGCUAACAAAGAAACCCCCUGGCCAAUGGGAGCCGGAGGUGGGACAAAAGGCGGCCAGGCGCAAGGAAAACAAGAUGAAAGAGAGAGGCGGACACUGUUGACGGGUGUGCCCUGCCUGCCACAGAGAGGCUGCUUGGAAAAUAUUUGUUGAAUGUGAGGUUGAGCUCCAGCGUUGUUCUUGGCUGCUUUGUUUGUAAAAGGAAAAACCCAAAGCAACCGAAGUGUAAGACAUCAGGGUGCCAGCUCAGUAAAUGAGGGCAGAUCCGUAAAAUGGAAUGUUGUCCCUGUCAUUUGAGACCAGGUUGUGGCAGCGCACAGCACUCCCCCUUCCCUCGAGUGUGGCUUGACUUCAGGAUUGGCAUCCAGAGCACGGAGCAGGAGAGCAGACAACAGUAGUUUACAGUGGAGAAAGCCGGCACAUGCUCCGCCCUGGACACCAGUAGUGAUAAAUCACGUGGACGUCACAGGUACCCGGAUGGGAUGCCGGGAGAAGGGUCUCCCCCCCAAACCGUUACCGUAGUCUCAUCGUGAGAAAAACAUCAAACCCAAUGGACCCACAUUCUACAAGAUGCCUGAGCGGUGCCCUUCAAAAUUGUCAAGGUCACAAAACAGGAGGAAAGGAAACAGCUUGGCCUGAAUGCCAUAUGGGGUCCUGGACGGGGUCCUGGAACAGGAAAAGGACAGUCGUGGAAGAACUUGCAAAAUCCUAAUAAAGCCCCUAGUUUAGUUAAUGAUAAUUUACUAAUGUUGGGACCUCCCUGGUGGUCCGGUGGUUAAGAAUCUACCUUCCACUGCCAGGGACACGGGUUCGAUCCCUGGUUGGGGAACUAAGAUCCCACAUGCCUGCCGCAGGGCAACUAAGCCCGUGCGCCCUAGAGCCCGCAUGCCACAACUAGAGAGCCCGCACGCCGCAAUGAAGAACCCAUGUGCCACAACUAAGACCCAACACAGCCAAAUAAAUAAGUAAAUAAAUAUUUUUUAAAAUAAUAAU